AUGUCCGAGCUCUUCGACUCGCUCAACCUGAGCACAUCAGCCGGUCCCUCUUCCUCACAGCAGUCCUCCUCUCAGCCCUCGACGUCCAAAGUCUUCUGGCAUGCCUCGCCCUCCCCCGGCGUCCUCCGCCAGCUCGCCAACUGGACGCCGAGCAAGAGUCAAGAGUCACCAACACUACCUUUAUGCACGCAGGCGUUCGUUGGCGAGCUCAAGAAGCUGCCAGGAGCGCUCGAGGCACAGUCGCCGCUCAUCGGCAGGGACUCAGCAAAGAGAAAAAAGCUGCUCGACACACCGCGUACUGCCAGUCGACACGUUUCGGAUCCCAGCGCCAACAGGAGCCGGGCACGGGAGUACAUCACUAUCGAUCUCACCGAUGACGAUGAGGACGAUGCGGAAGCGAGUGGACCGAGAAGGUUGCUGCUCGGCGAUGCGGGCGAGUCGUCACCCGAGUCGAGACGGAGACGAACCAUGGAUGCAGGCAACACGGGCAGGCUGCGGUCAUCGUCACCGUCGCAAUACAGUGGCAAUACCACCCGCACUGCUGCCACGGAGAAGGACCCACAAGCCAGCAUCGCCUCGCAUCGAAGGCAGGAUCGACGCCCACCACGCCGACGCAAGAAGGAGUCGUUCAUCGCCGGGCUCGGCUUCACAGACAAUGCGGGCGGCGCAACGGACUGUCUGAAGCUGUUCGAGGAUCUACAGGCUGCGAUACAGGGGAUGCAGAAUGGACCGAGGCCGUCGACGAGCGGAUCGGCGGAGAUUGAGAAUCUGCGCCCCACAGUCACAUUCGAUCGAAGCAGUGAAGGAGGCGGGCUCACGCCGAGGGAAGGGAUCAAUCGGACGUUCUCGGCACCGAUCGCGUCUCGAGCGCAGCUGUCGCAGCAGGAGGGCCAGAAUGGAUCUCAGCAGGCCCAGGGAGCCGUUGCCGUGGUCAAAGACGACCCUUUGACACCGCGCCGAGGUCUGCGUCCAGUCAAGUCGGACCAUGAUGUCUUCAGACCGGCUGGGCAUACACCCACGCGACCACUUCAGCCACGGCCCAUCAACGUCCCUGCGGAAGCUGCGCACCAGGCUCGAUCGGCAGGUCGCGACAACAAAGCGGCCGCAGCGACCAUCGAACAGGCUCGAUCAGCAGCACAGCUCGAAAGCAAACCAGGAAAUGCUCCAUCCACACCUUCAGCAGCCGCACCUCGUGCACCAGCACCACAGCCAGCCCGUACGUCUGCGACCCGCGCGCAACCGGUCAAGCCUGCGCCCGCUCCCCUUGCCGAGCCAUCCCCCGUCAAGCGAUCCGCUCGGAUCGAAGCGCGGCAGCAGACCGUCUCGAGCAACAAGAAGCUCGGCGUACGCGGUCCCUCGCUCCUGUCCAAAUCCGUCUCUCCACACACCAAGCCUUCGCCACUCAAAGUCACGCCUUCGCGCAUGCGCACACAUCCGCUGCCACCCGGAAUGUCGCAAGCGCGACAAGUGGGGUUGCCGCGCAGCUGCUCGCAAUUCGCACCCUCCCAAACGGCUGCCGGUACGCAGUCUGCGACGGUGGGCGGUGUGGGUCCAGCAGCGCCCUUUCGCCCGCCCGCGAUCCACGCCCGUGUAGCCGCGGCGGGAAACGUCGUCAGAGCCACCGAGAAGCGCGCUGGCCAACCCGCUUCCUCCGACGACAGCUUCGGAGACGUCGAUGACGAUGCAGCCUUCUUGGCGCUGGCUUGCGAGCUCGAGUAUUGA